GAAAAUAAACGUUGCGUUGCGUGUUGCGUGUGUCUAGGUGCACACCACACGUGUUUCACAAUUUGUCUAUGUUGUGUUAGAAUUUCCUAAAAGUUCUUGGCAAGAAGGAGAUUUUGAUACUAAUGUAAACUGAGGCGUGAUUCCUUUUCUCUGAAUUCUCCUUUGAAAGGAGAGUUUGUUGUCCAAAAUGGUGCGACAUAACAAUCAACUUCCUGACAACAUUCCUCAGCUGCAGAAUCUUAUCAAACGAGAUCCACAGUCCUACAAAGAUGAGUUUACACAGCAGUAUCGCCACUAUUCUGCCCUUAUGCAAAUAUUCAAACUUCAUCCUGAGAAUUAUGAAAAAAGUUUAGAUGAACUUGUGAUAUUUUUGGCUCAAAUUGCUCAAUGUUAUCCAGUAGAGCUCAAAGAGUUUCCUCAAGAACUCAUGACCAUACUUCAGACACAUCAUACUAUUCUAGAUGCUGCUAUGCGUAUGACUUUCUGCCGUGCCCUGAUAUUGCUUCGAAACAAGAACUUAUUAGAGCCAACAGAUCUCCUGUCUCUCUUUUUCCAAUUGCUAAGGUGUCAAGAUAAACAACUUCGUCAAUUUUUGGAGAACCACAUUAUAACAGACAUUAAAAAUGUUAAUUCAAAGCACAAGAAUGCAAGGCUUAAUACGACUCUUCAAAAUUUUAUGUACAGUAUGCUUAAUGAUUCAAAUUCAAAAGCAUCCAAAAUGUCUGUGGAUAUUAUGAUUCAGCUAUAUAAAAAGAAUAUUUGGAAUGAUGCCAAAACAGUUAAUGUUAUUUCACUUGCCUGCUUUUCAAAAUUUUUGAAGGUGAAAGUUGCAGCUCUGAAUUUCUUCACUAGUACAGACUCAGAAGAAGGAAAAAAGGAUGAUGACAGUGAUUCUGAGGAUGAAGUGACUGCAAAAGAUGUUAUAAUGGCCAACAAGUUUAACAAGAAAACCAGGAAACGAGAGAAACAGCUUAGCCAAGUUAAGAAGUUGGUGAAAAAAAAGAAGAAGAAGAAUUCUGUUCCUGUUUACAAUUUUUCUGCUCUCCACCUUAUACAUGAUCCUCAAGGUCUGGCAGACAAGUUAUUCAAGCAGCUAGAAACAACUAAUGAGAGAUUUGAAGUUAAGAUGCUCACAUUGGACUUAAUUUCAAGACUAAUUGGCCUUCACCAAUUGUUCCUUCUGAAUUUUUACCCCUAUAUUCAGAGAUUCAUGCAACCUCAUCAGAAAGAGGUGACAAAGAUCCUUCUCUUUCUUGCCCAAGCAUCUCAUGAGCUUGUUCCCCCUGACGCAUUAGAACCUGUUAUAAAGACACUAGUAAAUAAUUUUGUAACUGAGCGGAACUCUGCCGAUGCAAUUGCUAUUGGUUUAAAUGCAGUCCGAGAGAUUUGUGGCCGUUGUCCACUUGUGAUGUCUGAAGAUCUUUUGCAUGACUUAGCGGAGUACAAAAAAUACAAAGAAAGAAGUGUGAUGAUGGCUGCUCAUUCACUUAUCCAUUUAUACCGUCAACAUCAACCAGAACUGCUACACAAGAAGAACAGGGGUAAGCCAACAGAAGCUACUGAAGAGCAAAAGAGUAGGAAGUAUGGAGAAGUUGAUGCUAAGAGUUAUAUUCCUGGUGCUGAAGUACUUCUGAGGCCAGCAUCUAAGAAAGAGUCCAGUCAAGAUGAUGAUGGAGAUAGUGAUGGUAGUUGGGUAGAUGUUGGUGAUGAUGGUGGCUCAGAUAUCGACAUAAGUGACAGCAGUGACGAUAGUGAAGGUGGGGAAUGGGUUGAAGGAUCUGAAGAAGGGAGUGAAGCAGAAGUUGAUGAAGGUGAAAAUGAUUCAGAAGAAGAAGACGAAGCAGAGGAAGAGGAUUGUGAAGAUGAAAGUGCUGAAGAUUCAUGUGAUGACAAUAAUGAAGAAGAAGAAGAAGACGAGGAUGAGGAAGAGGAAGAGGAAGAUUGUGAUGAUGAUAAAGAAGUAUCUAUUCCUAACAUUAAAGGAAAGAAAAGCAAGAAACGUACAACCUCAGAGAGUAGUGAAAAGUCAAAUAUAUCCAAAAGUACUCAGUCAUCUAAAAUUAGUAAUAAAGCUAAAAUGCGUUUAACUGCUGAGGAGAAAAGGGUGAAGGCUGAAGAAAUAGUUUUGGAUAGAAUACUUACCGAUGAGGAUUUUAAGAGGAUAGAGGCAGCGCAGUUGCGAAAGCAAAUGCAGGGAGUUUCUAGAGGAACAAAGCGCUCCGCUGAGGAGGAUGCUCUUCGUGAGAGAGGUGAGCUUGUUUCUCUGAAUGACAUUGAAAACAUCUACAAGAAGAGGAAACAUGACAAGCUAACUCGCAUGGAGAGCAUUAAGAAGGGGCAUGAGGGCCGUGAGAAGUUUGGAUAUAAAGGAGGUCGAGUGGACCCUUUUGCAAGUACUACACACAGAGAGAAGAGGAAGAAGAAGAACUUCAUGAUGCUGAAACACAAAGUUCGUGGGAAGACCAAGCGUUCCUUUAAAGACAAACAGGCUGCUCUCAGAAACCAUCUUCUGAAGCAGAAAAAGAUGAAGUAAGAUUCAGGUUCUAGUUACUUUCUCAACUGUAUGUAUUUAUUGUACAUAGAAAUUUAAAUAAAAUAAUGCAAGCUAUA